GGGUCGGGGGUCGGGGGGGGUACAUUGCCCUAAUCUAAACAGCACUAUGUUGAUGGCGAGCGGAUGAGAUUAUCGUCGUGCAGGCUUCUUCCUUUUCUUUCCACACGGUUUAGGCGCAAUGCGCCGUCAGAGCCUGGCGCCUGCACUUGGCCACAGAUAGGCGACCAGCACCGAGGUGUCCCGUUUCAGCAGGCCCGCCCUGUGUCGCAGAGUCGCGCGGCAUAUUAUCUUAUCCGUGGAUUGCCGAGACAGGAAGCGAAGAUAUGCCUAAUCUUGAAACCACCGCAGCGAUGAUGGGAAGAAGAGCCUUGGUGUGUUGGGACCGUUCAGCAGAGACGAGGAGAGCAUGGACGCCGUUCAGGUCAACGAAUAUAUGACCAUUGAUUUUGCUCCCUCCAGCCAUAGAAGCAGAGCCAAGAGAGAGAGCAGAGAGGGAUGUCACAGCUGAAGGAAAGCCAGUCCUCGUCGGUCCGCAUGAUAAACGAGCACUGCGCGGCCAUCCUUCACGCUUUACGCACGGGGUAUUUACUCCUUCUGCGCGCUCUCCGGAGACGAAUCGGUCCAAUUUUGGACCCGCCGACUAUUUAUCCGUCUCCUCUCUGCCGGUGGUGAUAAUGCUUCCCAGUCCGGUCACAGCUUCUUCCACCACGCCUUUUUCUGUGAAGGACAUUCUGAAGUUAGAGCUGCAGCAGCAAUCUCAGCAGCACCAGCUCCAGUUCGUCUCGUGCUUCGGUCUCUCCGGCGCGCUGUCACAGCCGCACAACAAACCCCCGCGCUCCCACUCGCCGCCCUCCUGCAUGUUGGCCGGCAGGGACAGUCCAAGUCCCAUCAGCUCCGGCCUCUCGGAGAGCGAGGAGAGGAUAUCGUACCUCAACUCCAUGCCGGCACCGGACCGGCUGGUGGGGUCCGGUCUGCAGGUCGAGAUGUUCGGCAUGCCGCAGCAGAACCUCUCUGCGGACCUGAGGCUGGAGACCGAGCAGGAGGAGCACGACAGCAACAGCUGCGGCGUGUCGCGGGGCGAGUGUGAGGAUCCAGAGUCGGAGAAGCCCGCCACCAAGCAGCAGAGGACCCGGAGGAAACCCCGCGUCCUCUUCUCCCAGGCGCAGGUGUUCGAGCUGGAGCGGCGCUUCAAGCAGCAGCGGUACCUGUCCGCGCCGGAGAGGGAGCACCUGGCGAGCUCCCUGAAGCUCACCUCCACCCAGGUCAAGAUCUGGUUCCAGAACCGGAGGUACAAAUGUAAGAGGCAGCGGCAGGACAAGACCCUGGAGAUGGCGGGUCACCACCAUCACCACCACCACCACCACCCGCCGCCGCCCAGGAGGGUGGCUGUGCCGGUGCUGGUCCGGGACGGGAGGCCUUGUCUCGCUGGAUCCCAGAACUAUAACGCCUCCUACACGGUCGCAGCUCCAAGCCCCUACAGCUACAGUUACCCAGCCUACAACAGCUCGGUGUAUACCAACACCUACUCGUGUACGUAUUCUAGUUUACCUGCCCUGCCGCCCAGCAACACGGCCGCUAACGCUUUUAUGAACAUGAAUUUGGGAAACCUCGGUGCACAGACGCAAAGCCAGGCGCCCCAGGGACCGGUGGUCACACCCUGCCAAGGAACUCUGCAGGGCAUACGGGCCUGGUAGCGCGGUCUCUCUCUGCACAAUCAAAGCCGGGAGAGACUUCAGUGGCACGGCUGAACAGACUGAACGCACGUGAACUGUUGCAAGGAGAGCACAAAUCUCAAAGCUGUAACACGUUUGGGAAAGUACAGACUAACUGAGAUACAAAGCAUACAGUAUAUGUAUAAAAUAACUAUCCUAUUGAAUAUUCGAUUGUAGAAUUGAAUAUUCGAUGAACAAAGACUGUGCGUAAUGUGGCACAAUGUGGUUCAAAACGGAUGUAAUGUGCAACCAAAAAAUAAAAAGAAAUUUGUUUGGACGUUCAUACAAACACACAUGUUUCAUGCUCAAAUUGCAGCCCAUGAUGAAUCAAUUAUUGGCCUCACCAUUUCAAUUAACCCCCCCCCCCCCAAAAAAAAAAAAAAAUCAACAUGGACCACAACACGCAGUCUUUUAAAGUAUUAUGUUUGUUUUUUUUCUUUGAGACAGUGUGAUAUGUUAUGCUGUUUUUUUAAAUCAUUAUAAUGAUGAAAUUAAAUGAUACAAGUGACCCUGGGCUUUGUGUGUGUGUGCGUGUGUGUGUGUGUGUGUGUGUGUGUGUGUUGGCCUGUGAAAACGUAAACACUUUAAUGCCCAGUGAGACGUCUCUGCCUUUGUUGGAUAUACGUCAUAGUACAUUUCAAUCUUCAUAGGGAAAACUCAAAUAAAUGAAUGCUGAGUUGGUUUUAUUCCUA